UGACAAGGAAUCUGGUCUCAAAUUCUCGGGUACUUUUUGAAGUACUCCGUAUUAUUUAACCGCUAAUAAUUUUCCCGUGCUGGGGCGCCGGUCUUAUUUUGUUCUUCACAUCUCCAUAGUCCACCUGCAGUCAUUACUAGUUCUGGGCAAUCCCCGGAUGGACGGAUCCACCCCGGAGGAAACCCGCCAAACGCACCACUCCUGCGAACUUCAAUAGUUUUACUCAAGAAGGCUGAAAAUGACUGAUUCUAGAGAAGAAUCUCCAGACUGGCUUCGAUCUUUUCAGGCACCUACUCUAACAGCUCUGUCUUCGGGGUCACCGUCUCCAUUAAGUGAUGACCUUGUUAGUGGUGGUGGUGGUGAUGAUGAUGAUGAUGAUGAUGGAGUGAGUCUCGGGAAACUGUUUUCCAUAGAGGAAUCUGUUAAAGUUAAGACUAAAAACUAUCUCAAUGGGGAUAAGUUAUUAAGCAAGACGCCUUCUAAAGACAAGCUUCCCAAUAAGAAGGAAAUGGAGCAUAUACAAGGAGGAAAGAGAAAAAGAGAGAGUCAGCCUAAAAAUGAAAGUGGCGAUGGCGAUGAUUUUAAGGUUUUUACCAAGAGAAAAGCUACAAAAGUGCCUGUUUCUGUUGAGGAACCUAAGCCUCCACCCUUGAAUCUUUCCUCCGACUCUGAGUCUUGUCCUGAUACGAGUCCUGUAAGAAAGGGUAAUAUCCUUGACAAAGAAUUGCAUGCACAUAAUGAAGUUCAAGACAUGAAGUCUGAAGCAACAAAAGAUCUAGUAUUCCUUGACAGUGAUGAAGAAUCUGCACCCACCAAGGAUUUGAAGCUGCAGUCUUCAAAAAAACAAAUAGGAAAAGAAAACCGCACACCAAAGAAGAAAGUAGAAAGUGAGAAAAAUGUUGAUGUUGGAAAUAAAGGGAGCAUGGAUACAAAUGAGGAAGAUAUUCUGGAGAAGCAUAAUGGACCACAUGUGUCAUCUUCAAGGAUCCCUUUGUUACUUCCUGAGAAAGUACAAAGGACAAAGGCACUUGUGGAGUGUGAUGGUGAUUCCAUAGAUUUGAGUGGUGAUGUUGGUGCUGUUGGACGAGUAGUGAUUUCAGAUAAUCCCUCUAGAAACAAUGAAAUGCUUUUGGAUCUGAAAGGAACUAUUUACAGAACAACAAUAGUACCUUCCCGGACAUUCUGUGUGGUAAGCUUUGGUCAAUCAGAAGCAAAGAUCGAAGCCAUCAUGAAUGAUUUCAUCCAAUUGACGCCUCUAUCUAAUGUUCAUAAUGCUGAAACAAUGGUCGAAGGAACUCUUGAUGGGUAUUCAUUUGAUUCGGAUGAGGAGGUUGACAAUUUGCCAAAAAAGGCUGGUGAAGAUAAACAAAAUGAAGCCACUGAGGAUGAAAAGAAGGGAAAAACAAAACGAAAAGCCAAAAAACCAGUGGCGGCUGAACAAAAAAAGGGAAAAGCUGGAGGGGGCAAGCUACCAAAAAAAUUGAAAAAGAAACCACAAGUUACAAAGAAAAACAAGAAAAAGUGAGAGGAUGUUUUAACCUUAGUGCAUACAAUGUUACAUGUAUAUAUUCUUCUGAUCUUCUCAUAUAUAGUUAUAUGAAUCCAUAUAUUCUAUUUAGUAAGCUUCCUUCGUUUCACAUGUAUUUCUUCAACCUUACAUAGCGUGAUGGGUUUUUUUAUAGUUCUGGGAGAGGUUUGAAAGAAACAAGACCUGUGUUUUAAGCAAACUUAUUACAUACGAUUAUACUCUACAUCAUUGUAACUGUGUUGGAUUUCAUGAAAUGACCUUUCAGUUUAUGAUCGGUUCGUGUUGG